CCGGUCUCGAUAGAUGGCAGGACUAUCGAAACACGUGCUUCCGGUGUCAAUUCUUGUCAAUUAACAAAUUCUUUGUCCCGUCGUCUUUAAUUAAUUAAUUACUCAGGUAAAAACAGGUUCAGAGAAGAUUUGAACUCGGCACUGCAAGCUAGCAAAAAUCUUCAGUUACCUCCUUCCUCGCUCUCAAGGGAGAACUGUGUUUUGCAUGCUACAUUUUACAGCUAAGUGAACUGUCUACGAAUGACAACAGCAAUUAUGGACAAUUCUAAAUUUUUUGUCUAUGAUGGCCCACGUAAAGAUGUCAACUACCCUAUUGAGGUUUUAUAUUGUGGAGAAUGUACAAUGCCGGUGGAGUAUUGUGAAUACUAUCCAAAUUAUGAAAGAUGUAAAGUUUGGCUUGAAAAAAACAUGCCUGAUCAAUUCAAAAAACUCAUGGCUGGCAAAGGAGAUGAAAAUUUAGGUUCGGAAGAAACUGAAGAGAAGAAGAAACGACAGACCCGGGGUGGUAGGGGUGUGAUAAAGGCUAAAAAGAAAACUGAACCACAAGGUCUGAAGCUGUCCACGGCUACGAGAGGCAAGAAGAAACGAGUAACAGUUGUUGCUGGACUUGCUACUUAUGACAUUGAUCUGAAAGAAGCCAGUAAAUACUUUGCCACAAAGUUUUCUUGUGGUUCAUCAGUGACUGCCGAUGAGAUUGUUAUCCAGGGAGAUGUAAAAGAUGAAUUGUUUGAUAUCAUCCCAGAAAAGUGGCCUCAGAUUGAUGAAGACAAUAUUGACGAUCUUGGAGAACAGAAGAAGUGACAUUUGUUUCCAGAUUCAUCCAUGCCAGCGCCAUGAGGUAUCACUUGCUGAACUUUGAGCUGCUCUCUCUCUUUCUCUCUCCCUCCACCCGGCAGCGUUUGCCAUUUUGUUGCCAAAAUGUGAUUCUUCUUGCAUUAUCACAGAUUUCAAAUUGAAAAAUACUAUAUCAAAUGCAAGAAAAAAUAUAAGUAUAUAUAUAUCUCAAUAUAUAUAUCUAUAAAGAAACGUCCAAACUGA